GCGCCCCGCCCCCUUGGCCUGCCCACGUGGUUUCCCGACCCGGAAGUGCCCGGCGCCCACGUGGUGGGCGAGGAAGAUGCCGGAGCCGGGGCUGAAAAUCAACGCGGGCUUCGCGGCCCGCUACGGGCGCUACCGGCGGCGGGAGGAGCUGCAGCGGCUGCAGGAUCGCUAUGGGGCCGACACGGGGGCCGGUGAGGAGUCCAGCUCGGAAUCGGAGGAAAGUGGGGACGACGUGGAGCUGGAUCCCCUGCAAGACAGAGAUUUCUAUCGCACUCUGGCCCUGCUGAAAACCAAGGACCCCAGGAUCUACGAGAAAGAUGCCACCUUCUACAGCCAAGCAGAUUCCUUGUCAGAAAGGGGGAGGGAGGUGGCCCUGAAGAGGAAGGAGAAACCCAUGUACCUGAAGGAUUACGAGAGAAAGGUGAUCCUGGAGAAGGAAGGCAAAUACGAGGAGGAUGAGGAGGACGAGGAAGCAGCAGCUGAAAGACGGAAGAGAGCCGUCUCCCAGAGCUACGUUGAGGAGCAGAAGCGAAUCAAGGAGAGCUUCCAGCCGUUCGUGGCAGACAGCGACGGGGAGGAGAGCGCGGGGGAAGGCGGCUCAGCCCUGCUGCAGAAACGGAUCAAGAGCACGGAGGAGAUGGCGCGCGAGCAAGAGGGCUAUAUCAGCUGGCUCAAAGGGCAGGAUUUUCCCCCGGACCAGCAGCUCGAGGACCUGGCCCCGCUGAAGGAGUAUUGGAGCAAUCCCGCACUGGACCCCGGGGAGCGCUUCCUACGUGACUACAUCCUGAGCAAGGGCUACAGUGGGGAGGAGGAGGAGGAGGAGGGAAGGGACCCUGGGGCCGUGUCCCCCCUGCGGCUGGAGGACUCCUCGGACGAGGGGGAGCUCUUCCUCAAGAAGCAGGAGGAGUUUGAGCGCAAGUACAACUUCCGCUUUGAGGAGCCUGACGCACAGCUGGUGAGGACUUAUCCCCGGACCAUCGCCAGCUCGGUGCGCAGGAAGGACGAGCGGCGCAAGGAGAAGCGCGAGGAGAUCAGGGAGAGGAAGAGGAAGGAGAAGGCCCGGAAGCAGGAGGAGUUGAAGCAGCUGAAGAACCUGAAGCGCCAGGAGAUCCUGGCCAAGCUGGAGAAGCUGCGGGAGGCAACGGGCAAUGCGACCGUCGGUUUCGGGGAGCAGGACUUGGAGGGGGCCUUCGACCCGGCCGAACAUGACCGGCUCAUGCAGAAAUUCUUCGGGGCCAAGUAUUAUGGGGAGGGGGAGGAGGAGAAGCCGCAGUUCGAGGAGGAGGAGGGCGUGGAUGAUGGCUGGAACUGGGACAACUGGACCGGCCGGGACACAGAGGGGGGCGAGUGGCCGGAGGAAGAGGGGAGCUACGAGCCACACUGCGAGGACCCCAACUUCGUUAUGGAUGCAGAUUAUGACCCCCAUGUGCGGCCAGGCCCCCCCUGGAAGCGGCAGAAGGAGGCGCCGACAUUGCUGGGGAAGAGGAAGCUCAAGACGCAGUUCACGGAGGCUGUGGAGCGGAAGAAGCCCCCGUUCGACCCUGAGGCGGGCUCCUUUGAGCAGUACCUGGAUGAAUAUUACCGGCUGGACUACGAGGACCUGAUCGGCGACCUGCCCUGCCGCUUCAAGUACCGCACCGUGAUGCCCUGCGACUUCGGCCUCAGCACCGACGAGAUCCUGGCCGCUGAUGACAAGGAGCUAAACCGCUGGUGCUCGUUGCGCAAGACCUGCAUGUACAGGUCGGAGAAGGAGGAGCUCCAGGACAAGGCUGCCUACAUCCGCAAAGCUCAGAACACCAGCAAGAAGCAGCAGAUACUCAAGUCCCUCUCCGCUGCCAGCACGGAGGAGGCCGGCGAGGCUGAGCCGCGGCCCAAACUGGGGAAGAAGCACCAGGACAAGACGAAGCAGCAGCAGCUGGAGCAGGAGCCAUCUGGCGCUGGCCUAGCUGCGCGCCAAGAGGAUGAGGGGCCCUCGGUGCCCACGGCAGGGGCCCUCAGCCCCACCCUGUCCCCUGCUGGGCAGCCCGGUGGUCUGGCAGGGACGGCCUCCCCUGGGCCCCAGGCCCCCGCUUCCAAGGCAGGGCCGUGGCUGAAGCGGCGAGGCCGGCAGGGGCUGCUGCUGGGCGCCAGGGUGCGGGUGGGUGGGCGGGAGUUCAGGGGGCAGAGGCUCCAGGCCUAUGGGCUCAAUCCCCGGCAGCUGCACUGGCGCCAGCUCCGCCGCCACAAAACGAAGCAGCUGCCGCAACAGACUCAGCGGGCAGAGGCGCCUGGACGCCAGGGUCCCGCGGGCAAAGCUGCCCGGGCCUGAGCACGGAGAGAGCCAGUGGCUUGCGUGGCUGGGUGCCAUUGCCUGGCAGCUAGGGGAGAGGGGCCCCAGGCCUACCCUGGAACUGAGUGUGGGGGGGCAACUCUCACCCCUCCCCAGCAGCUGGGGUCACUACCCCUUCCUGCUACCAGAAGUGGGCUUGACACCUGUUCUGGUUCAGUGCCUCAGUUUCCCCUGCUGGAGUAGGUGCACUGCGGGGUGGGGCUUAGUGUUUGGUUGCAGAGAGUGGAGCAGAGCCUUUCUCUCCAUCAGUGCUGCUGGGCCUUGUUCCCUUUUUUACACUGAUUCUGAAAUAAACCUGGCUCGAGUGCUCUGACUCCCUGAGAGCAGCUUUCGUCUCAGGACCGCUGGGGCUGCCGGUGCCCAUCCUGCCAGGGCCAGCUGCGGCUCCCCCUGGCCUGCCUCCCCCAGAGUCUGGGGGAACGCAUUCAAACUCUGCUGCUUAACUAAGGAGGUCUGUGCCCCCAGCCCAGGAGGAGCCAAGCCCUCCCCUGGAGGGAGAUGCUGGCUGCACAGGGCUGUCCACUCCUCAGGCCACGGGGAUUGUGGUUGUGGAGGGUUAGGCUGUGGGGCCAGGUCCCACUUUGUGCAUCAGGCUCUGGGCUGCGUUGGGUGAGUGCCAUCCCUGGGGCUGACCCCCCCCCCCCCCACAGCAGACCAGGAGCUGCCUUUGCUUUAACCCAAGGACUUAGCCCUGGCAGCUGGUGUCCUCGGGGGAACCUGCUAAUGCCAUGUGGAGCCAAGUCUCCUACCUGCCCUAAUUGGGGGUGGGGCAGUGCCUGUUUUUCCUGAUGCAAAAUUGCCUCUCGGGGGAGCAGAAAGGCCCUGGGGUGGGGGUAGAUCCUGCUUUUCUCCAGCUCCCUUCAGGGGCACAGGGAGUCGUGGGCAGUGGGGUGGGGCCCUGAGGCAGCGUUACACAAAUUGGCUCCCAGGGCUGGGCGGGCCCCUGGUCCUGCACUGUCAACCUGGCUACUUUAGGCAGGCCUGGCUCUGGUCUGGGUUUGGGCAGCCCCUGAAUGCCUGUGGCUCCUAGCUGCUGGUCCCAUACUCCCCUGCAGGGCCCAGGCCUGCUGCUACUGCUCAGCUCCUGGGGCACAGCAGGGCAGCCUGGGCCCGGCUAGUACCCAUACUGCUCUGGAGCCCAGCUGCCCUGUCCCUACCAGCACUGGCUGGGAGGAGGGGGCCAUGCAAGGCUGAUGGUGCUGCCCAGGUGACCAAGGCUGGAGCUGGGCCCUGCCUUGCCCCUCGGUGGCUGGGCCAUUGCUUGUCUCCCUCCGGGCUGCAGCUAAGCCCCUGAGCCGCCUUAGCAGGGUGAUGCGAGGCAGCCCUUGGAUUUCCAAGUGGUUUAAGAGGCGGUGGCAGGCAUUGGUGGCCCCAGGCUGGGCACAGAGCAGCAGGAGUGUGAGGAGAUGGCCCUGGCUUGCUGCUGCCACUCGGCUGGGCCAUGGCGGUGCCGUGCGCUGCUGCUGGCAGGACUCCUGCUGCUGCUCCUCCGGCAGGCGGCCAAGCAGUGAGUAUCUGGCACCUGUGGGGUGCAUCAGGGGAGCUUCAGCAAACCGGGGCAGUGGGGGAGUCUGCAGGGGCUGAAUGGGGCUGUUAGCAGGAGCAGGUGCUGGGCUAUGGGUACCCUGUAAUUCAGUGCCCAGUUCUUGCUGUGGGUGAAGGCUCGUAGUGGGCAGGCUGGGAUGAGACACCCCCCCCCAA